AUGUCGGUUUGCGUCUUGGACGACCAGGUCACAUGCUGCUUUGGCCUGUACAAGAACAACUCGAUCUGCGCCUUGUCCAACACCGUCGCAUCACUCAGUCGGGUCGAGAACGACGCACUACGCAUCGGGUGCCUCGUGUUUGGCAUCGUCGCGCUUGCCGCGUGUCUGUGCAAGCUGCGAUCGAUUCGACAAAAUGACGGCUCAACCAUUCAACGCCGUGUGUACUACUUCAUGACGGUCGCGGCGCUCACAUUCAUCGGCCGUGCGCCGGAUCCCCGCUCCCACGAACGCAUCUACCACCCCGUCGUGAGCGGCCUCAUCAUUGACAUUUGUUCCGCGGCCAUCUACAGCGUCAUAGUCUUGUACACUGCGUUCUACGCGCGGCUGGUGGCUCCUCCCGCUCGAGCGAUUGUGUGCGAGCAUUACAUUCGGGGAUUCACGGGCCUCGGGUUCUUCCUCACAUGGUUCAUUUAUGUCGUCGUACGGCCGGCCUACCUCCUGCGCAGCGACCGUAACAUCUUUGACUCAUGGCAAGUGCUUGUCCAGUUUUCGAUGGCCCCACUCGUCCUCUUUGCCACGUCGACCACGGCGCUGCACUACGGCCUCCAAGCGUACCGGCGACUGUCGCUAAUUCGAGAAGCAAACAAACGAUUCGACGUCAUGCACGCCAUCCGCCAGGAAACGUGGCGUCAACUCCAUGACUUGUACGCGGCGCUGCCGCCGUCACCCGCGCUGGGCUCCACGGCGUCGCCAAGUCAGUCGCACGACCCGCCGUUCGUGCCCAUUCCGAUCGUGCUCCCCACCCUCGAAGACCAACCUGCGAUCCCCAUGAUGCCGCUCAUGUCGAAAUCGCAUUCGAUUUCGUCCUCUGUGCAUGAACCUGUCAAGGACAACAAGCGCGUGCUCAAGGUCCUCGUCAUCAUGGAAGUGUGCGCGGUCGUGAACAUCGGGCUGCAGGUGAACCACCACGGCACCAUCCGCGCCUUGUUGACGAUCCAAGCAUGUAGAUCGCGCUGCUCGUCAAGUACAUUCGAGAUGGAUGCCAACUAA